GCCCAGGGAGACCUGGGUAAAAGGAGGGUGUUUCUGAUAUCUGACAAUGAGGAAAUGGGCAGCGCAGGGCAGGCCUGCCCUCUGGGGCUGAACAGGGCAGUCCCUCUGAGUUGCACGGAGACCUCGCAGACCCCGGGAGCUGUCGCCCUUCCAGGAUGUGGCUCCGUGCUCUUUUCCUGGCCACCCUCGCCGGUUCCACGACUUGGGCAGGGCACCAUUCCUCGCCACCUGUGGUGGACACCAUGCAUGGUAAAGUCCUGGGGAAGUUCAUCAACUUGCAAGGAUUUGCACAGCCUGUGGCCGUUUUCCUGGGAAUCCCUUUUGCCAAGCCUCCUCUUGGACCCCUGAGGUUUACUCCACCACAACCUGCAGAGCCGUGGAGCUUCGUGAAGAAUGCCACCUCUUACCCUCCUAUGUGCUCCCAAGAUGCCGUGGCGGGGCAGGUGCUCUCUGAGCUCUUUACCAACCGUAAGGAGAACAUUCCUCUCAAGUUUUCUGAAGACUGUCUUUACCUCAAUAUUUACACUCCUGCUGACUUGGCCAAGAAAAGCAGACUGCCGGUGAUGGUGUGGAUCCACGGAGGGGGGCUGUUUUUGGGCGGUGCAUCAACCUAUGAUGGGCUGCCCCUCGCUGCCCAUGAAAACGUGGUGGUGGUGACGAUUCAGUACCGUCUGGGUAUCUGGGGAUUCUUCAGCACAGGGGAUGAACACAGCAGAGGGAACUGGGGUCACCUGGACCAGCUGGCUGCCCUGCGUUGGGUCCAGGACAACAUUGCCAGCUUUGGCGGGAACCCAGGCUCUGUGACCAUCUUUGGAGAGUCAGCGGGAGGAGAAAGUGUCUCUGUUCUUGUUUUCUCUCCAUUGGCCAAGAACCUCUUCCACCAGGCCAUUUCUGAAAGUGGUGUGGCCUUGACUGCUGCUCUGGUGGAGAAAGGCGACAUCAAGCCCCUGGCUGAGGUAGGUCUCCCACUGGAUGUCCCCACACUUUUGGCUCUGUCACUCUUCUUCACAGGGGUCACUCUUGCCGUGGUCACUCUUGCUGAUGUUUUCCUAGAAUCACUGAAGUGCUAAAGGCUGAGCAGGAAGGGCAAGGAGACACCUUGACCAGCCGCCCGGUUUCACAACCAGGCAAACUGACACAGGGCUUGGAAGGGAUUUCCCAAGGGCAGCAGAUGAUCAGGGCAGAGCUGGGACUCCAGCUCAUGGCCCUAGACAGCAAGCAAGUGCCCUGUCUGUGACCACACUCCUCCUAUGCACCGGGGCCAGGUGCCACGUCAGCAGUGGGCAGCGGGCUGAGAUGAUGUCUUGUGUCUCUCAGGGUCUGAGUUCUGUGGACCCACUUGUGGGAUGUAGGCCUGGAGCAGUUUCACACUGAGCACCUUAUAACCAGAGUUGGUCCCAGGAGAAUUCACUUAUUGAUUUAUUUGUUCAUCCAACAAAACUAAGUGAAUAAGUGAAGGCAAAAGCAAGAGGUAGGCAGAGGUCAUUCUUUGGCUCAAAGCCAGAUGUCCAUGUGGAGGGGACACAGACACUACAUGGUUCUACGUGGCUCUGCAUUCUAGCCAGACACCUAGCACCUCCCCAAGCUUCC